CUGUUUAAACGGACGCAUAAUUUCACUUUUGCUCUUGCGCUGUACCUCGGCGAAGAGCAACAAUAACACACGGCGCGUUAUGGAGCAGUAAAUGAUAGUAAAUAUGUGUUGAUUGUUUGAGGCGGUCUUACUGUCCUUCAUAAAACCCCGGCGAAUGACAUUUCAUCACUAGCAACUGUUUCUGCAGCUGGAUCGGCGCUGUCUCCAGGUGUGGAUUUGACGGCAAGAAUGGCGAUCAGAAAGAUCUAUAUAAGCGUGGGCUACUCGUGUGUUGGGAUCUUGGUGGGAUUUUCGGCGUUUCUAGUGUGGAACAUCGCUUACAAACAGCCCUGGACCGCCGCGAUGGGUGGAUUAUCAGGUGUUUUGGCACUAUGGGCUCUGGUCACACACAUAAUGUACGUUCAGGACUACUGGAGAACAUGGUUGAAGGGACUGAAGUUCUUCCUGGUCAUGGGCAUCAUUUUCUCCGUGUUGUCCAUCGUGGCGCUCAUCUCCUUCCUCUGUGUCGCCAUCUCCCGCAAAGAAUCUGUCACAGAUCCCAAGAGUCUGUUCCUGUCAUGUGUGUGGAGCUUCAUGAGUUUAAAGUGGGCGUUUCUGCUGGCGCUCUAUUCUCAUCGAUAUCGCAAAGAAUUUGCCGACAUCUCCAUCCUCAGUGACUUUUAAAUAUACACAAAAUAACACACUCGUGCCCACAGACAAACAUGUAUACAAGUGUACAACAUGCUUGGCUAUUACCAUUUAAACUGGACCAGGAACACUCAGUGAGGAGAGUCAGAAAGCUUUGGUCUUUUUAGUCUAUCAGUAGAAGACAUUAGUGUACAACCUCUCUCUCUUUCUGCUAUUGUCUGUCCAGGGAGAAGGAUGUCAUCAGUGAUUUUAAAUUUUGGACUUUUUAAUAUCUACGAUCAACAUUUCUGAGCCUAUUCACUUUACAGUAUGUAUGGUUUAUACUUUGCAUUUCUGAAUGAGGUAUUAAGACGAGUCUUUUGUCUUUUUCUUUGCUGCUGUUCUCUUGAAUGUUUUUCUGCAGUCUCACUAUGGGAUACGGAUAUGUGACAGGUGUUUGUUUAGCUGGUGCAUUUUCUCUUGCAAUUGCAUAGCGUUUUGCCAACUAUCUAUUGGUUUUUAAAUAAGCACUUUAUUGUCUAUAAAAUGUGGUAAAACCAAUCACAAACCUUGUUCCUGUGGGAAUCUUGAGGCUUUACGGGCAACGGAUACAUUAUGUGGAAAGGCCAAAUUCACAUCUUCUUUGUACUUUUAUGACCCCAGUGCAUUAGAGAACAACAUCCAGCACACAUUUGAAUGAAAUGAAUGAUUUUGUAGCAUUUUGUUUUUUUUUCACAAGACAAACAGGGUUAGUGGUUUUUAAGAUUUGCCAUCACUUGUCUGUCACCUGUUAUAUGGCUGAGUGUCGGUUAGUACUGCAUGCAUUUGUCUUGUUAUAUUAAGUUGAGCUUUUUUAUAUUUACACAAAAACAUUGUUAUACUGUUAGAAUGUGAUUUUAGCUUUUGCCUGCCAUUUCAGGCACUCUUCUGAACAUAUCCAUUAUAUUGUAUUGUUAUGAAAUCAGUAAUUAAUGUAUUUGUCAGUGAUCCAUUAAUAAAAUUACCUGACACGUUU